GUUUGCGGGGUCUCCGAGACCCCUCUAGGGUCCCACGUGGCGAGACGAUAUUCAUAGAGACGACCCGGGGUGGCCCGUGGUUCCAGAGCCUCGGAGCAGCGGGGUCUUAGAGGGAGUCCGGUCUUGACUAGAAACCCCGCCGGGAUCUGGGCUGCGUUACAGGCAACCGUUUUAGUGAAGGUGAAGUGGGGCAAGGAGAAGUACGACGAUGUGGAGUUGAACACGGACGAGGUUCCCAUCGUCUUUAAGGCGCAGCUCUUUGCGCUAACGGGUGUGCACCCAGAUCGCCAGAAGGUGAUGCUCAAGGGCGCCACACUGAAGGAUGACGACUGGGGAAACUUCAAAUUAAAAGAUGGCAUCACACUGCUGCUGAUGGGCACAGCCGAGGCGCUGCCCACAGAGCCGAUUGAAAAGCCCGUGUUCAUGGAGGACAUGUCCGAGGAACAGCUUGCCUCAGCUCUGGAGCUGCCACCUGGCCUCACGAACCUGGGGAACACGUGCUACAUGAACGCCACGGUGCAGUGCUUGCGCAGCGUCCCAGAGCUGCGUGACGCCCUGCUACGGUACUCGGACAACAUGCACUCAGGGGGCAUUGUCAUGCUAGCUCAGUCCAUCACAGCAGGAAUCCGCGACCUGUUUGUGGCGAUGGACCGCACUUCCGCGAGCAUCCCCCCUGUCAUCUUGCUGCAGCUGCUGCACAUGGCCUUCCCACAGUUCGCCGAGAAAGGAGAACACGGGCAGUACCUACAGCAGGACGCCAACGAGUGCUGGGUGCAGAUCAUGCGCAUGCUGCAGCAAAAGCUACCGCCGCUGCAGAACUCGCCGAGUGCUGAGGAGGAAGGAGCGGAGGGCGCGGCCUCCAGGAAGAACUUCAUCGACGAGUACUUCGGAAUCGAGUUUGAGACCGAGAUGAAGUGCGCCGAGUCGGAGGAGGAGGAGGUCACCAAGGGACGGGAGACGCAGAUGCAGCUCAGCUGCUUCAUCAACCAGGACGUGAAAUACCUGAGCACAGGGCUCCGGGGGCGUCUCCAAGAAGAAAUUACGAAGCGGUCGGCCACGCUGAACAGAGACGCACUGUACAUUAAAUCUUCAAAAGUCAACCGCCUUCCAGCCUACCUCACCGUGCAGAUGGUCCGCUUUUUCUACAAGGAGAAGGAGUCCGUCAAUGCCAAAAUCCUGAAGGACGUGAAGUUCCCGCUGAUUUUGGACGUAUUUGAGCUCUGCACGGCGUCGCUGCAGGAGAAGAUGAUGCCUGUGCGGGUCCUCUUCAAGGAGAUGGAGGACCGCAAGGUAGAGCAGCAGCAACAGCAGCAGGCCAAGGGCGCCGUGUCCAAGGAAACGGACAACAAAGUGAAACUGGAGCCCUACUCAUUCCCUGACGACGUGGGCUCCAACAACUCUGGGUACUACGAGCUAUCGGCCGUGCUCACCCACCAGGGUCGCUCGAGCUCCUCGGGGCACUACGUGGCCUGGGUCCGCCGGAAAGAGGAUGAGUGGGUGAAGUGUGACGAUGACAGGGUGAGCGUGGUGCACUCGGAGGAGAUCCUCAAGCUGUCGGGCGGCGGGGACUGGCACAUCGCCUACGUGCUGCUCUACAGCCCCCGACGCCUCGAGGCGUUCACCUUGUCCCCCCAGCACCAGUGAGACCUCUACGGAAGGGAGGGGAGUGGGUGGGCACGGGGGCGGGAGGGGGGGCUCGGAUUGGCGAUGUGAACGCCACGAGCUGCCGUCGACGUUGAUUCUGAGGUUGAGUAAAUACGAGCGUAUCGAGGGGCAUCACAAAAUUUGGGGCGGUGGGGUGGGGGGGGGGCACCCAUGCACCUAUGCACCCAUGCACCCUCCGUGUAAAACUGCCCGAGUGGGAGCAGAGAUUUGAUAUUGCGAGGGUUCGACCGUGCAACAAGUGACUGUGGAGUCUGGCAAAAGGCAGAAAGUGAUGGCAAGGUCGGCGACCUUUUCGGCUUGACCCCGAGUGCCUCCCCAGCCACUCCGUGGAGCUGCUUCUCGAUAGGGGAGGGGGGCACAAAGGGAGGGGUAAUCUGCUUUUUUAUUUCUGGGGGGCGGGAGCACAGACCCCACAUUCCAGAUGGGAGGGGGAACGUGGGAGUUUAAAACCGCGGGUUCACCCGGGGAGUGGUGGCGGCAACAGCAGCAGCACCUCGUGUGUUGAGAUUGGCUCGGUCGUGACUCCGAGCUGCUGCUGCUGCGCGAUGGCGGUUGGCCCCGUCGCUCCCGGCCGUGAGUGCGCAUGGUGUAGAGGGCCGUUCUCUCACAACGCGUCUGGUCGGGGGGCCGGUCCACUUCCUCUGCCGAAACGAAACGCCACAGAGUCGCGUCGUCCCAGCCCCCCCGAAUGCACGCGCGUGACGGUUGGCGCCGCACGCCCGUGCUCGUGUGAGGUGAAUCUCGACUUGGCGGUCGGCUCUGAGCGUCCGCGGUGUUUUCCUGCUUGCGGACACGGGCUGCCAAUAAAUGUCUACAUCGCUGA